AAAGCCUUGGAUGACUCCAGAGCCACCCACAGUCUCACUUAAAAUUCCACUUUUUAGGUUAAGAAGUGUAAAAAUGGAACAAAGGAAACUGAAUGAUCAAGCCAACACUUUGGUGGACCUGGCAAAGACUCAAAACAUCAUGUACGACAUGAUUUCUGUUGAAAGAAGCGAAGAUUUUGAGAAGAGAAUUGUUACUCUGGAAACUAAACUGGAAACUUUAAUUGGUAGCAUUCAAGCUCUCCCAGAACUGAUUAGCCAGACAAUCAGCCAGCAACAGAGAGAUUUCCUCGAGUCUCAGAUACAAAAUUGUGAUAAACAUGUUGCUUACAGUGCUGAGCGAUCACAGUCUUUGUCAAGGAGGAGGAGAUCCUCAUCUACAGCACCACCAACUUCAUCAGAGAGUAGCUAGAAGAGAUUGAGCUAACCACAAAAUAAAGACUUUUUUGCCAUCAUAUGGUCAAUAUUUUAGCUUUUAUUGUAAAGCCCUAUGGU